AUGGCAUUAACAAAGGAUUCGUUUGAACGGAUUAAGUGGUUUAUCACAUCUGCCUGGUGGCUGCUGAUUGUUUUUGCAGCACAAGAAAUUGAUGGGGGAGGAUAUGCAUAUAUUGACCCAUGUGGGGGACAGGAUUGUUCAGUUUGUCGGUGCUUCCCAGAAAAAGGAUCAAGAGGUCAGCCUGGUGGACUGGGAGCUCAAGGUCCGAUUGGGUCCUUGGGAUCUACAGGACCAGCUGGUCUGCCAGGGGAAAAAGGACAGAGAGGUGAGAAUGGGCAGCCUGGGCCAGCUGGAGAAAAAGGUGAUAAGGGCCCAACUGGAGUCCCAGGAUUUCCUGGUUUAGAUGGUGUUCCUGGAUUACCAGGAAUUGAAGGACCCAGGGGCAAACGUGGUUUAGAUGGCUGCAAUGGCUCAAGAGGUGAUCCAGGAUUUCCAGGCGAAAAUGGUUAUAUUGGACCGAGAGGUCCUUAUGGAAAUCCAGGGCAAAAAGGAGAAAAAGGAAAUUCGGUGUAUGUUUCACAUUUUGGAAAAGGACCUCCAGGAGACAGAGGUGAUCCUGGACCCCCUGGCAUGCCCGGACCUAGAGGGUCAAGAGGUACAACGGGCCCAUCUGGAUACCCAGGCCAACCAGGCUUGCCUGGUAUUCCAGGUUACCCUGGUUUGCCAGGUGAACAGGGAAAUCCAGGUAUUGGAGUGGACGGACAAAAGGGGGAGCCGGGGGACGUUGGACUUCCUGGGCCACCUGGGUCACCACUGUUAGUUGGACCUCCUGGAGCUCAGCUGUUCAAAGGAGAAAAGGGCCAAAAAGGACUACCUGGGGUAACAGGAUACAGAGGGCCACGUGGACCCAAACUCACAUUCUACUUGCUUUAUCAGGGUAAUCCUGGUUCUUAUGGACCUGCAGGGUUUCCUGGAAUGAAGGGGGAAACAGGAUUUGCUGGUUUUCCUGGACAACCUGGCUAUCCAGGCAUACAGGGGGAUUCAGGAGAAAAAGGGCCUCCAGGUCCUCCUGGAGCUGUUGGAACUCCGCUGCUUCCUAUAAAAGGUCCACAAGGAGAUCCUGGAUUUCCGGGUCCUGCUGGUGAUAUGGGGUCAGUUGGACCAAUUGGUCCUGCAGGCCUGCUAGGAAGACCAGGAGAUGAUGGAACAAGUCUGCCUGGCCUGCCAGGAGUAAGUGGGGCACCAGGACCUCAAGGUUUUCAAGGUGACCCUGGUUUCCCUGGAACAGGUGAAUCAAUCCCAGGAAGACCUGGAUUUCCUGGACCACCAGGCCUACCAGGACAGCCAGGAAGACAAGGCUUACCUGGACUACCCAGUGUAAUCUGUACUGACAGAGGGAUGCCUGGAGAACCUGGAGCAAAAGGUCAGACAGGCCUUCCCGGAAGAAAAGGUGAAAAAGGAGAAAAGGGAAAUCAAGGCCUCUGCUCAUGUAGUGCUGGUCCUCCUGGUCCCCGUGGUAUGCAAGGACCUCCAGGUACUCAAGGGAAGAAAGGACAAAUGGGAUACCCUGGAAGACAUGGAGAAAAGGGUGACCCAGGCUUAUCUGGUGCAGUGGGAUUACCAGGGCUCCCUGGUACACCCGGUUCUGCUGGACAACAUGGUGAAAAAGGAGAAAAGGGUGAUCCAGGAAGGGUUAGAAUAAAAGGAAUAAAAGGUGAAAGAGGUCCUACUGGGGUUCCAGGAUUUCCAGGCCAAAGAGGUAAUGAUGGCAGAGAUGGGGAAUUAGGAUUGCCUGGGGAAAAAGGAGCUGAGGGCGAUUCUGGAGUACCACUGCCAGGUGAUAAAGGAUUCCCCGGGGUCCCAGGACUUCCUGGGGUAAAAGGACAGAUGGGAUUGCCUGGUUUGGGGUUUCCCGGCCCUCCAGGAGUCAGAGGUAGCCCUGGAGACUUUGGUGAUACUGGUAAUGUUGGGCCACCUGGUCCAAAGGGACAGAAAGGUGAGACUGUCUGCAUUACAUUACCAUACCCUGGAAAUCCAGGUCCCCCAGGUUUUAAAGGUGUUCAAGGACCAAAGGGUUUAAAAGGACUCCCUGGUCGUCCUGGACCAAAUGGCUUUGAUGGGCAAAAAGGCCAUCGAGGCAGGCCAGGAGCAGGAAUCCCUGGGCCAGAAGGCUUUCGAGGCAAAGCUGGUGAUCCUGGUGAUGAAGGUGAAAGAGGAUCUACGGUUGAUGGUAAAAAUGGCCCUCCAGGUCCACCUGGCAUAGAUGGUCAGAAAGGUGUUCCAGGUGAUACCACAUAUGGUCCUCCAGGAAUCCCAGGCAACAGGGGACUGCCAGGACCCCCUGGACAGCCUGGUACCCCAGGACUUCCAGGUGCCAAAGGUUUUAGAGGCCCAGAAGGUGAUAUAGGAGCACCAGGUUGUCCAGGCUUCCCUGGUCCACCAUGUGACACAGGCUUACCAGGGCCACCAGGACUCAGAGGUGUCAUAGGCCUGCCAGGACCUCAAGGCUUACCAGGCUUUAAAGGUCAGAGGGGAGACAGGGGCCUAGCUGGGCUACCUGGAAUCAAAGGUCUCAAAGGUUCCCCUGGCUCACAAGGUUCCCCAGGUCCUCCAGGCUCACGAGGACUUCCAGGACUUCCAGGCAAUAAAGGACCACCUGGUUUCCCAGGACAAACAGGAAGCAAAGGGAUUCAAGGACCCCAAGGAUUCCCAGGACUCCCAGGAACACAAGGCCCAAUGGGAAUCUCUGGUGUAAAAGGUGAAGAAGGAAAAAUGGGUCCACCUGGGCCUCGUGGAGAAUGUGGGGAUAUGGGAAGAAAAGGUGAAAGAGGGCCUCCAGGAGACAGUGGCUGCGUUAACAUCCGUCUUGAGAAAGGACAAAAGGGGGAACCAGGGUUUCCUGGUGAGAACGGCUUUAGAGGUGAAAGAGGUGAAAAAGGCAAUACUGGUUUCAGAGGCACCCCAGGAUUUCCAGGGAAAAAUGGUGUCCCAGGACUGCCAGGUGACCAUGGUGACACUGGACUGAUGGGCUUUCCAGGAUCACGGGGUUUUCCAGGACCAAAGGGCUUUAAAGGAAUUACGGGUUUUCAAGGACAACCAGGUGACCAGGGUGACGUUGGCUUACCAGGAAUCCCUGGAAAUCCAGGACUGACUGGCCCAAAAGGAUCUAAAGGCAGGAGAGGUGACCCAACUCCUCUGCUUGGUGCACAUGGUCGAAAAGGGCCUCCUGGAGAUCCAGGAUUACCAGGACUCUGUGGAUUCCCAGGAGAGAAGGGUUCACCAGGUAUCCAAGGGCAACCAGGAAGACCAGGAUCCAAGGGCGACCCUGGAUACCCAGGAAUACCUGGAUUUCCAGGAGCUACAGGUCCUCAGGGAUUGCCAGGAGAACCUGGAGAAAAAGGGAAACGUGGAAUUUUGGGACCUCCAGGAUUGCAAGGAUUAGCUGGAUCCCAAGGUCUUCCUGGACUGCCCGGACUGGAUGGCUUGGAUGGACUAAAAGGUCAAAAAGGUUCUGCAGGAGCUGCAGGUCAAAGUGAAACAGGGCCCCCAGGAUACUUGGGAGAACUUGGACCAGAAGGAGACAGAGGUGAACCUGGAUGGCCUGGUAUUUCUAUUCCAGGCCCCCCUGGAGAAAGGGGAUUCCCAGGAUUCCCAGGUAGAAGAGGACCUGUUGGACCCACUGGACCUAUGGGAAGAUCUCCUGAUAGUGCUUCUCCUGGUCCUCCAGGUGAUCAAGGACCACCUGGUUUAGAUGGCAUCAGAGGUCAGCCUGGGAAUCCUGGUCCUCCUGGAGAGACUAUCUUUGUACGAGGAGAUCCAGGUGAUACCGGUAUUCGAGGGGCACCAGGUAAUCCUGGGCAGCGAGGGCAACAAGGAGCCAGAGGUCUUCCAGGGAACCAAGGAAGAAGAGGCCCAAAGGGUAUGAUCUGAGAUCCAGGCAGGAGAGGUCCUAUGGGAAUCCAUGGACCACAAGGUCCACCUGGUGCUAUAGGACAACCGGGAGACCAAGGUUUUCCGGGAAAACCUGGUCCCAGAGGUGACCCUGGUGAACCAGGAAAAAUAGAUGAUUCAUGCCCUGCAAUCCCAGGGCCUCCUGGGGAAGCAGGGCAAAGAGGAGACGAUGGCUCUGUAGGAUUACCAGGGCCCACAGGCCACCCUGGACCCCAAGGAAGAAAAGGUGAAGAAGGGUCACGUGGCCUGCCAGGUCAAGAUGGUUUACCUGGGGCACCUGGACCGCCAGGUGACCAGGGGAAUAGAGGAGAGCAAGGAUAUGCCGGGCCACAAGGUCCACCUGGCCAGACCGGUAUCCCAGGACCACCAGGCCCCCAUGUUAGAUCUGCAAGUGGAUUCUUGCUCGUCCUUCACAGUCAGUCGGACAGAGAACCACUCUGUCCACAAGGGAUGCCAAAAUUAUGGACUGGCUAUAGUCUGCUCUACCUGGAAGGACAAGAGAAAGCUCAUAAUCAAGAUCUUGGUCUGGCAGGAUCUUGUCUUCCUGUGUUUAAUACCAUGCCCUUUGCUUACUGUAAUAUCAACCAAGUUUGUUACUAUGCCAGUCGAAAUGAUAAGUCUUACUGGUUGUCAAGUGCUGCUCCUUUACCAAUGAUGCCACUCUCUGAAGAAGAAAUACAGCCAUACAUAAGCAGAUGUGCUGUAUGCGAGGCCCCGGCCCAAGCGGUAGCAGUUCACAGCCAAGAUCAGUCAAUUCCUCCCUGCCCAGUGAACUGGAGGAGUCUUUGGAUAGGAUAUUCUUUUUUGAUGCACACUGGAUCUGGUGAUCAGGGUGGUGGACAGUCCCUUAUGUCACCUGGAAGUUGCCUAGAAGACUUCAGAUCAGCACCAUUCAUCGAAUGCCAGGGCCAGCGGGGAACGUGUCAAUUUUUUGCUAAUGAAUACAGUUUCUGGCUAACAACCGUGAUGCCCGAAUUGCAGUUUGCGUCAGCCCCCCUGUCAGGAACUCUUAAAGAAGGACGAGAGCAGAGGAAAAAAAUCAGUAGAUGCCAGGUAUGCAUGAAGCAUGGCUAA